UCUUCGACGUUUUGAAUCGUGCGGGCUAACGAGAUAUAUCGAGCCUGCACAACCUCUGCACUGUCCAUCUCCCCCUUUAACACAUCUGGGGGAAACUGCAAACUUCAUGUAUCCAUAAUCUCUGACACGCACGGGAGAACAGCAUGGACCUCCACAAAAUCAUCCACAGUGCCCUGCACGAAUUUAUCCAGACGUACAUUCCUGAUGCAGAUCUCAGCACACUGGAUGAUGUCCUUCUGUCGUACAUCACUGGGGUCCUGGAGGACCUGGGGUCCCAGCAGAGCGUUGAGGAGAAUUUUGACGUGGAGGUCUUUGGAGAAAUGCUGGAAGCGUACAUACCCGGAUUUGCCGAAAUAGACAGUGUCAAAGUCUGUGAAAUGAUGUUCAGUCUGGCUUCAAAACUGGCCACUGCUCGGACGUCGGAAAAUUGUGUGCCUAAGACGGGGACAGAAGAGGUUUCUUUGAAACUCAACGCCCUGACCAGUCAGCCAGAACCAGGACAAGAACCUCCGUGCCUUAAGCCACAGACAGAGGGCGCUACAGCCAAGCUGUCGGCGUCUGAGUGGGAGUCCCAAGAGCAGCACCUGCUGGAGAUGUUCCCAAAGUGCAGUUUGUCCGAAGCGCGCAGCGCUCUUUCCAUCGCCAAAGGAGACAUGGAGGAAGCAGUGCGCCUUAUCAUAGAGGGUGACGUCCAGCUCAGCCCCACUCCUAUUAAUGUAAACCAAGGGAAGAGCAUUUCAUCACUUGCAGACCAGAAACUUAAAGAGAGCAUCCUGGAGAAGUACAUGCUAGUGGACAGUGAGGAAGAUAACAAAACCCAUCGACCCGUUGCUCCCAAAGACGCUCCAAAGAAGCUUGUCCGCUACCAUGGUAACCAGGUGGUUACAACAAAAGGAGAGAGAUAUCAACUUGUGAAGAAAAACGAGACAGACGACAUGAAGAAGACCUACGUCAACCUGAAACCGGCCCGAAAGUACAGGUUCCAUUGAUGACGAGCACAGCACUGUGCGAGCAGCUAGUAACGGCAUUGUUUACACUACUUCUUCUUUAUCCAACUCAUUUAACCAAAACUUGAUGUAUUCCCUCAAACCCUCAAGUAUUAGGAAGCAUUUUUCAGUGUGGCAGUGGCUUAUUUUUAAGACGUUAAUAACCAUCAUGCCUUGGAUAAAACCGUUGUUUUUAAGUUG